AUGCCCACUUCUUCGCACCGACUGGCGGCACUUGAACGAAAAGCCAUUCGACGUUCACAGUUUUCCACCCUCUCCAGAGCCAUCUACAACAUCAACAAACAGUUCCGGCGUUUCGAUGACCGCCCUCCGAGCUCGCAAUCUUCGCACUCGUCGAAAAAGUCUCCAAAUGAUCUGUCAAUUGGUGCAUUGUUCAACAAUUUCAAGGCCAACAAACGCUAUGAAAAAUUCUCUUGGGCAGCCCCCUUCGAAAUGCCCAAGAUGUCCAAUUCCGUCCGCUCCUACCUCAAGCCAUCCCUCACUCCUAUCGGUCUGGAUAUAAUGGCCAAGAAAUAUGAGAUCAUAGAGGGAGAGGCCAAACUGCUCGCGCCCAAAAGAGGGUCUGCCAGCCUGUCCAAGCUGGUUCCGCCGAAUAGCCAGAGUUUCAACAAGCUGUUGAAGCGGCGGAUAACACUGAUGGACGGAAAUCCGGCUCGUCUGAACGCCUCCACCUUCCAACUGGUGGCGGAGCGCAUCCUGCAGGAGAUCGAGCAGCACGAGGAACGGCUGGCCAAGGCCCGGAUGGAGAAGGGCCCCUUGGUCCGCUUCAGAUCGGCCCAAGACCUCAGCUUCAGGCCGGAUUUUCAGCCACCCCAACUGCCAGACUCGCCGCAACACGACCUCCAUUCCUCCACGGCAAGACUGGCCGCCAGCUGUCCGAAGAUCCACCUCCUGUUGCCCAGUGCUCGGCUGCCUCCGCCCCCUCACCUCGACAUGCCCCAGCUCUACCUGCUGGCCGAGCGUCUGCUGGCGGAUCGGCCGCUCACUCGGCAACUGAGACAUGAGACAUCCGCCUCCGGCAGCCCGUCUCGAAGCGCGGACACCAGCAGCCCGACCAGCCAAGUUGUCGUCGACGCCGGUCCGUCGCCAGCCCUCGAGUCGGCACCGAACGCCGCAGAGCUGUCCAGGUCGGAGCUACUCGAGUCGGAAGAGGAGCUGGCUGUGCCGGAGCCCAUCACGUUGGGCCAUCCGUUCGCCGGAUUGACGCCGACAGACCCGAAGCCGGUCCGUCUCGAGCUGCGCUUCCGGCAGCCCGACAUCAGAGACUUUGAGCUGCCCGCAGGCCUCUACGCCGGCGAGGUUUCGGCUGGUCAGGGGCCGAUUUGCCAGAGGAUCCUGCCUCGUGUCCAGUUGCCCAGUGCUCUGUUGACCGACUCCUCCACGACCUAG